AUGUCGGUUCAAGUUCCCAUCCCCCACCCCGCCGAGGACGGCUAUAUCCUCCCCCAAACCCAGACACCAUCGAUCCUGUUCGGCCCAACAGAUCCGCCUCUUGUCGACCUGACACUAGGUGAGCUGCUCAACCUGCAAUGUCUCCAUCACGGCACGCGAGAAGCAGUGGUAAUUCCGUGGACCGGCGCAAGAUGGACCUACAACGAGCUCAAUCACCACAGUCGGCUGCUGGCGGCCGCCCUACUAGAGAUGGGCAUUGGCGUGGGUGAUAGAGUGGGCAUCAUGGCAGGCAAUUGCGAGCAAUACGCUGCCGUCUUCUUUGCCGCGACGAGGAUAGGCGCCAUCCUCGUCAUUCUCAACAACACAUACACCCCAACAGAAGCGCAAUACGGUCUCGACUUCUCCGAAUGCAAGGUUUUCUUCACCACGAAGCGCAUUGCCCGGCUCGACCAAGGGCCGCUCCUCACCCAGCUCUCGGCGCGGGCAACGGGGCCGAAAGUGGUGAUCCUCCGGGGCGACUCGGACGGGUACACCACAUACAAAAACCUCCUCUCCAAAGGCUCCCGGGUCGACCCCGACCUCCUCCACCACGCCGAAGCCAAGGUACUCCCCCACCUAGUCUGCAAUCUCCAAUUCACCAGCGGCACCACGGGCCUCCCCAAAGCCGCCAUGCUCACCCACCACAACAUCGUCAACAACGCGCGCUUCAUCGGGGACCGGCUGCGCCUGGCCCCCACCGACACGCUCUGCUGUCCACCGCCCCUCUUCCACUGCUUCGGGCUGGUCCUCGGCCUGCUCACCGUACUCACGCACGGCGCCAAGAUCGUCUACCCAGCCGAGGUCUUCGACGCGCGCGCCACGCUGCGCGCCCUCCGCGCCGAGCACUGCACCGCCCUGCACGGCGUGCCGGCUAUGUUUGAUAGCCUGCUGGCGCUGCCCGAGAUGAAGGGGGUGAGGGCCGGGGAACUGGGUUUAAGGACGGGGAUUGUUGCGGGGGCGCCGGUGCCGAGGCAUUUGAUGGAGGGGAUGGUGGAGCGGUUGGGGAUGGCGGAGUUUACGUCGAGUUAUGGACUGACGGAGGCGUCGCCGACGUGUUUUAAUGCGUUUACUGAUGAUACGGUGGCCACGAGGCUGGCGACGGUGGGGCGGCUGAUGCCGCAUGCGAGGGCCAAGAUUGUGGAUCGGGAGGGGGUGGUGGUGCCGGUGGGCACGAGGGGGGAGUUGUGUAUUGGCGGGUAUCAGCUGCAGGCGGGCUAUUGGAAUAAUUCGGAGAAGACGGGGGAGGUGAUGGUGCGGGAUGAGAGUGGGGUGUUGUGGCUGCAUACGGGGGAUGAGGCGGUGUUUGAUGAGAGGGGGUAUUGUACGAUUACGGGCCGGUUUAAGGAUAUUAUUAUUCGCGGGGGGGAGAAUAUCUAUCCGUUGGAGAUUGAGGAGCGGCUAGUGGCGCACCCGGCGGUGGGCAUGGCGGUGGUGGUGGGGUUGAAGGACGCGCAUUAUGGGGAGGUGGUUGGGGCGUUUCUGGACGUGGAUGCUGGGCAUGGACAGCAGCAGCGGCCGGGCGCGGAGGAGGUCCGGGAGUGGGUGAGGCGGAAGCUGGGGAAGCACAAGGCGCCGACGCACGUGUUUUGGCUGGGGGUGGACGGCGUCCCGGCUACGGUGCCAUUGACGGGCAGCGGUAAGGUGCGCAAGUUUGAGAUGGCUCAGCUGGGGAAUAAGCUGCUGGAGGGAGGGACGGCGAAGUUGUAG